AUGGCUUCCAUUCCAUGCUAUCUUCCAACAAUAAUAUCUUUGUUCAUUCUUCUUAUUCCUUUCAUUGUCUCUUCUUCUCUUGCAGAAGCUUCCCCAUCUGAUCAUGUCUCACCAGCAACCAUUUGCACUUCCACCCCACACCCUUCCUAUUGCAGAUCGAUCCUCCCUGAUCGAACCGCCAAUGUCUACGACUAUGGUCGAUUCUCCAUCCAUAAAUCUCUCUCACAGUCCCGGAAGUUCCUCGAUUUAGUCGAACAGUACCGGAACAAGUAUCGGUCAUCUUUAUCAAUAUCCGCCGUUCGUGCUUUGGAGGACUGCCGCUUUCUGGCUGGCCUGAAUGAGGAUUUCCUCUUGAGUUCCUCUAGAACCGUCAAUGCCACUAGUGAGACUCUGUCCUCUAAGGAAGCUGAUGACGUUCAAACUUUCCUUAGUGCUAUUAUAACGAACCAGCAGACCUGUUUGGACAGUUUAGAAUCGACUGAUUCGGCUCGGAGCAUAAGGAACGGCCUAAUGGGUACUCUGUUAAACGACACGAAACUCCACAGUGUUUCUCUGGCUUUUUUUACAAUGGGGUGGGUUCCUAAGAACAAAACACUGACCGCACGGCAGCCGAGUAGCAGCAAGCAUAUUGGUUUCAAACACAGGCGUUUGCUAAUGUCUAGCGGGACACGGUCUACGAUUUACGAGACCGUAAGCCGGAGAAAGCUUCUUCAGACCAACGAUUCCGAUGAAGUUCUGAUCAGUAAAAUUGUGGUCGUGAGUCUGGAUGGUAGCGGAAAUUUCACUACCAUUAACGCUGCUAUAUCGGCGGCACCAAACAACACCAAUGGUCUUUCAGGUUACUUUUUGAUUUACAUCACUGCCGGUGUUUAUCAAGAGUACAUUUCAAUUCCCAAUAACAAAAAGUACUUGAUGAUGAUCGGUGACGGAAUCAAUCAGACGGUCAUAACCGGAAACCAGAGCGUUGCUGAUGGAUGGACAACAUUUAACUCUGCUACAUUUGCUGUGGUGGCUCCGAAUUUUGUUGCGGUAAACAUAACUUUCCGGAACACCGCCGGCGCGAUCAAGGGCCAGGCCGUCGCUGUUCGAAACGGGGCUGAUUUAUCAGCAUUCUAUAGCUGCAGUUUCGAAGGCUACCAAGACACUUUAUAUACUCAUUCCUUAAGGCAAUUCUACAGGGAAUGUGAUAUCUACGGUACCGUCGAUUUCAUAUUCGGAAAUGCUGCUGUUGUUUUGCAGAACUGCAACAUAUAUGCUCGACAACCAUUGAAGGGUCAGUAUGAUCCGAUCACCGCACAAGGGCGGACCGAUCCGAACCAGAACACAGGCACAUUGAUUCAUAUCUGUAACAUUAAAGCUGCUGAUGAUUUGGUCUCGAGCAAUUACAGCGUCAAAACAUAUCUAGGGAGACCUUGGAAGGAGUAUUCGAGGACAGUGUAUAUGCAGAGUUUCGUGGACAGUUUGAUAGAUCCUGCAGGAUGGAAAGAAUGGAGUGGAAAUUUGUCCUUGAGUACAUUAUACUAUGCUGAGUAUGACAAUAAUGGACCUGGUUCCAACACUUCCAAGAGGGUCACAUGGCCUGGCUACCAUGUCAUUAAUGCUACCUAUGCUGCUAAUUUUACAGUAUCGAGUUUCUUGUUGGGUAACGACUGGCUGCCGGAUACAGGAGUGCCUUAUGAUGAAACCUUAAUAUGA